UGGAGAUUUAAUGAGUUAUGAAGGAAAGUUCGAAAGUUACCGAAAACCUACUGUGGAAAAAGUAUUGGAAAUUCAACUUACAAAUCUAACAAUAAAAAUUGAUGAAAAAAUGGACGAAUUAAUGGAUGAAAUAGAAACCAGCCGAAUUGAAGGCCGAGAAGAAAUAAGAAAUGAUAUUCAACAAAUAUUUAAAAUACUAGGACAAAGAACCCAAUAA